AUUCAAAAAUAUGAUUAGGUGAUAUUAACGGCUUGGGUAGUUGUGAUAAUUGACAAAAGACUGUACAUUUUUAUAGAAGAGUGUCAGCUUUACCGAUGUUGCAUACAAGUGGACAAGGACUCUCAAAUGGCGGAUAUUUAAUAGAUAUUUCGCGCAAUUUGUUAUUUAUUUUUUAAAAGAUGGCGUCGAGUUCUGUUAGUCAAGAAAGUUUGGACAUCGAAGACUAUGAGAUAAGCUCACGGCAGAGCAGGGUAAGGCGUGCUCGGGCCCUGAUGCCAAAAAUUGGGGACGGAUACGAUCGGGAAUCCCCUCGUAACGGAGACGGGGGUGGUGAUGUCAUUCCCGAGCACGAGUCCCCCUCCCGAUCAACAGCAGCAUCUCGAGCCCGAGACAAAAGACGACCCAACCACCUGCAUAAAGGAAAACUCCCUAAAGAUAAACGUAAACUGAGGGAGAAGAGGCGCAGUACAGGUGUAGUCAACCUUCCCUCAACAGAGAGUACAGGGGAUUCCCUUGAUGAUGAAGAUGAUGAGGAGUUAUUGGAGGCGAAGAAGAAUACAUCAUAUAAUGAAGUCAUCGAUGCAGAUAAUCCCCAAACUCCAUCAGAGAGUAGAGUACCAAGACCAUUCUCUUCCAGAAGAUCAAACAAAAGCCCAUCAGAUUUGGAGGCGGACCUAGAAGAUAACCAGGAUUAUGACAGCACCGUAAGCCAAUCAGAAACCAAUCUUACUCUCAUCGGAAAGUCUGACUCCAUUGAGUCCUCCAAUCAAAAUGCUAGUCCAAAGAUGGGACAAGGCCAGUUCUUUGGCAGGUCUACAAACCAUCCAGAAAUACCCAAGUCUUUCAGAAAUUUUUCACCCAACACAAGUGAAAAUGAAACAAAGACUUCACCGUCAUAUUCCUCCAAUUCCUCUUCCCCCUCCUCAAUACUGAACCGAUAUAAGUGGCGCAGUCCCGACGUGUUAAAUCAGGAGAGGGAACCAGCCAGUACUGGUACAGGAAUAUCUUCCAUUAUCUCUAAAUACGAUAGAAAACCCAGCGAAACAGAAACAAAUUCCACCACAGGUUUUAUUUCUAAAGGCUACCGAAAUUUUGGGGAUAGAUUCCGUAAGGAGAGUCCAUUUCAGAGUCAGUUCCGCAGUGUAGCUGCUCCAACAACGAGGGAAGAUGCUGAAAAAGUCAAUCUCAAAAAGAUGCUUGAGAAAGAACAAGAGGAAAAUAGAAAGAUGAAGGAACUGUUGGAAGAUAAAGACAGACGAAUAGCAGAGCUGGAGAGAGAGGUGUACCUUCUUAAUAAGGUAAGAGUUAACUUACAUGAUCUUGAAGAUAUGGAUGAUGAAGCACAGAAGCUUCAGUUGGAGAACAAUGCACUAAUAAGAGCUGUCUCUCAGCUGAGCACUCAAGUGUGAUAGCUGUCUUCAAGAAUACCAAUCAAACACACCCACUGCAUGCCACUGAACAGACUUUCUACAAGAAUAACAUAUGAUUUUCAUGUUUAUGUAAAGAAUCUUUAAGUUUAAUGAAAAGUAUAUAUGCCAGACAUAUAAGGAAAUCAAUUGUUUAACAAUAAUAACACAUCAUUUGAUGUUCUGAUUUUCAAUCUGUGAUUAUUUUGUAGCUGUAAACCAAAUAUUUUCCAGUUUAUGCAUAAUUUUAAUCUGAAUGAUUGUGAAAUUUUAAAGAUUUACCUUUAGUGUUCAAGUAUUCCUUACAGCAAUUUUUUUUUUCUUUAAACACAUUAUUUUUGCUUGCAACUUCAAAUAAAGUGUCUGGAAGGUUCACCAUGGUCAGAUUUAUCAUGUGGAAAACCACUAGUAUUUCCUGAUCAAACCCAUUAUGCUGCACACUUCGCAGGAUAAAUUUUAUUAAAAUUUUGUAAUACACUCUAGUUCUUUAGGGGUUAAUUUUUAAAAAUUUAAGUUUUAUAAGUCAAAAUUAUUAGGUAUUGCUAUAAUCUUAAAGGUGCUUGGACACAGAUUUGAAGUUAAGAUUUUCUCAAGUUUUUGGUAUAAUAUCAUGACUUAUAUGUUGUUAUAGCAUUUCAGAUGUAAAUAAAAUAAAAAACUUAUUUUAUCUGGAAAUUAUUGAAAGUACAAAUUUCGGGACGCGUUUGAUUGAUACAUCCUAGCACUUUCAUAAAGCGAACUUUAUCCUUAAUACUUAAGAAAAGUAAAAUUUUUGUUGUGUAUUAAUGAAAUAUAUUCAAACUAUAAUCCAGAAAAUUCAGAGUAGAAAUGUAAGAAAGCAAAACCAACUCACCAGUAUUGUCAGUUUGUGCUCAGUGAUGUGUGCAGAGUUUAACAAAUCGAACACACCCAGUGAAACGUAAACAUUAACAAUAACAGAGCUCGUGCCCUGUUUACAGAAACAGUCUAUGUUUCAUGGGUGUGUUCAAUUUGUUAAACUCUGAGCACAGACUGACAAUACCGGUGAGUUGGUUUUGCUGUCUCUCAUUUCUACUCUUUAUUUUCUGGAUUAUAGUUUAAUAUUUUUCUACUUUUCUUAAGUAGUAAGGAUAUAGUUUACUUUGUGAAGUGCAUAGAUGUGUCAAUCAAACGCGUCCCGAAAUUUGUAGUUUCAAUCAUUUCCAGAUAAAAUAAGUUUUUUUAUUUUAUUUCCAUGUGAAAUGCUAUAAAAACAUAUAAGUCAUGAUAUUAAGCCACAAAUUUGAGAGAAUAUUAACUUCAAAUCUGUGUCCAAGCACCUUUAACAGAUAUCUUCUUUGUAUAUUUUUAAAUGCAUUUCGAAUAGAAAAAAUUAAAAAAUGCAUUUAGAAUUUGAAAAUGGGUAUCCAAUAUCCAUGGUUGUUAUCAGUUUUAGGUAUGUCAUGUAGCUGAUUUUUUUACAUGUAUAAAUUGUACAACUUUUUUUUUCUCAGAAAUGCACCAUGUUGACCAAAUUUAUGAUUAAUUCAUUGUGAUAAACCAUAGGUGAUAGUAUAUCAUAUCAUGUGAUUCUUAUUUUUAUUUUAGUGGUAGAUAUUUUUGGAGCCUUAUGAAGGUAUAUAUUUCACAUUCAUUAUGCAUUGUAGUUCAUGGUAGGUUUCUUAUAUUUGGUAGAGUAGGUAGCAUGUCUCCCUGUUAAACGAGCAUUUUAAAGUCUUGUCAGAGAAUUCCUUUAAAAAUGUGAUACCUUUAUUUCCAAGGGUUGUGCUACUUUAUCAGUAUAUGGAUUAUGUCCCCUGAAAUGAGCAACUUCGGACGUAAAUGUUAAGCUGGAAGUAAUAUUUUACAUGUUAUAAACGCAAUGGUGAUAUUGGUGCAUUUUUGUUUAGAUUUUGAGUUUAAUUGUGUUAUACAAAUAGUGUUCAUUUUUACUGUGUUAUUGCGAUAUGUUAAGAUUGUUUUCUAUUCAGUCAUUUAGAAUUGGACUAAAAUGUUAUUCAGAAUUUUUUUGUGUGUGUUAUUCUUAAUUAAUUGAUUAAAGAAACAUUAUUUGAAAAAUUAAAUGAACAUUUGAUGUCCAAAAAUUUUUCAAGUAGAAUGGUUUAAUACCAGAUGGUUAAAAUGAGCAAGGGGAAAAAUAUAUGUAUCAUUCACAAUUAUUUGAUCUUCAUUUCAUUCUUAUUUAAACAUUAAGAAAUAUUUUGCAUGAGGCAUUAAAGAUAUAUUGUAUAUGCUGGUUGUGAAACUGACUUACCUUAAGAUAUACAUGUACAUGCAUGUAUAUUAACUUGAUAAAUUUUGUUAAUCACUGUUAUUUAAGUCAGACAUUUAAGUAAUAUUUUUUUGUUUCUUUUCUGUAUCCUUGACCAUUUGUGAGAUAAAAUUAAUUGUGCCCAUAUCAAUUGUUUCCAGAAACAAGCAUAAGCUAAGUAACCAACACAGUUUGUAUGUCAUACCCAAAGAUUUCACACAAAAUUUUACAUGUAAAUGAAUGCUCAUGAUUUUGGUGCUUUAAUAUUAAUUCGUAUACAUAUCUGUAUUCUGAGAGUGACAGGCUUAUUCUACAGCAAUUUACGCCUUUGAGGACCAUCUGAACUCACAUCUAAGUGCAUGGAGUCUUACUAUUAACACAUCAAGUUAACCUGUCUCUUAUUUGCUUGCUCAUGAAAUCAUAAUCAUUAUAGUUUAACGUCACCUAGGUGCAAUAUACAAUUUGUUAAAAUGAUUGCACUACAUGUAAAGUAUUGUUUUACCUUUUUUGCUUGUCAUGAACAAAGAUACAAAGAAUGCCAUUAUUUUGCAAUUAAGAAGAAGUCAUACACUGUUAUGUAUUGAGAUGGGAAUGGAUUUUUUUUUUUUCUCAGACUGUGAAUGUUUUCUCGUUUAUUACUGUGAUGUUUAUAAAGAGGAGUCUGGGAAAUUGGUUGCAUCAUUUUUGAAUGUGUGAAAGUGAUCCUCUGUAUUAAGCGUCAUUGAUAUGGAAAAUAUUGUUUAAAAAUUUAUGUUAAAAAAAAUUAUUGUUGACAUAAUUUUUGUCCCUUGUUAGGCUUUUUGUGUUCCCUAGUGAUAGCUAGGUAUUAAUUUAUUCCUUAAAGUGUUAGUGCUUUUGCUCAUUUUUUUCUCUCUCCAGUUUUUAUUUGUGUAUGUAUAUAUGAUGUUUCACUUCAAGAAAAAUGUAUUCAUGAAGAUAUAGCUCUUAAAUUGCAUGUGAUAUUACCGGUAAUUGGCCAGAAAUUAAUGAUUUCAAGUGGCAUUGAAAGCAAGAAAUGUUCCUAAUGGUUUAUAUUGAAAAUAACAAAUGUAGAAAUGUUCCCUUUUGUUAAUGUCAUGACACUGAAGCCUUAAAUAUUUUUAUUUGGUUUUUAUCAAGGCACUGAAACCAGAAAAAAUCCUUUUGGUUGCUAUCAAGGUACUUUAUAAUAGUCAAGAAAUGUUCAUUUUGAUAUCUUAAAACACAGUGCCAAACUGGAUGUGUACUUCAACAAAAUUUUAAAUACAUUUAUUAUGACUAUAGAGUGUCAAUUGUCAACAUUACACAUACACAUGUACCAACUCUAUAGAUAUACAGUGUAGUGCACAUCCUGUCUACAAAUGGGUAUUUUACAUGUAUAUUUAUACAUCCACAGCUUGUGAAUAAUGAAGCUCACACCUAGUUAAAAUUUUCACAUAUAUAGUUAAAAUUUUCACAUAUAGGAAGUUAAUAACCAAAUUAAAACUUAUUUGUAGCUGUUUCAAGAUAUUGCAAUGCCUUUGUUUAACUUCUCCAAAAAACUUAAAUGCAUUCCUUAUAACCUGUUAGAUAAUUAAGUAAUGCACAAUUAUUUAAUUGCCAGGGAGUAAUAAUUUCAUCUCAGCAAUACAUGUCUGUGAACAAAGAAGUUGUAUUUGUUUUACUUUUACAAUAUUUGUUUUGUAUCUUAAGAUAUAAAGAACAAAAUCAUAUUUACAAACAAUUACAUAUAUUUGCAAUCCAACAUUCUACUUACAUGCAUAUCUCAGCAAACUUGUCUAAUUUUUGAAAGAUAUGUAUGUGGGUACAAUAGUUUUUGUUUUCAAUAUUUUUUUCUCUUUCAGAAGGAAGAUGAGAUAUGUAUGAUACUGUAGUUAUAAGAGUGAUUAUGGAUAUAAGGACUGAGUAUGUUUAAAUUGAAGCUUAUCAGCCAACAUUCCAAUUAAAUAAAUGUGUUCCAUGUUCUUGUUUAAUAAGUAUAUUCAUUUCUGAUUAUUUUAUCAUCAGUUUAGUGUAAAUUUUGAAUCAUAUCAAAACAUUUUGUUUUUUGGGGAAACAUUUAGACAUGUAAUUUAAGCAUUUAGAAUGUGAAGACUUUACUACAUUGUAUUACAUAAGUUUGACACAAAAAUGAAAUAGUUAGCAGAUCUUAGGGAAUCUGAGUAUAAAAUUAAAUCAUGCCUUCUGGGAAAUAUGCAGAUACAAUAUAUUGUUUAUUGUGAUUUUUCUGUUAAUUAGUUUUAUUUAUACAUUGAUUGGCUUGUUUCAUUCCAGCUGUUUGCUUUACAAGAUGUCAUAUUGCAUUCUGCUUAAUGUUGUGACACAGGAUAAUAAAAGAAGAAAUUAUAA